UGCAAGUCGAAGGCUAUUCUUUUCACCAGUACAAGUUAAGCCUAUCAAUGUCUCUACAUCUUGCUCCCCCUCCUCCGGCUGUAUUGCAACAUAAACCAAGCUGCACAAUCCAGCAGAGUAGCUUGAUCAUCAUCUUCUAGCUAGCUUUUGAGCUGCGAGGAUGAAAGUAGUCCCGAUUCUGACGGUGUUAUCCUCGGCGGUGUUUGGGUUCUUCGUCGGAAUUUCUUUCCCUGUUGAGAUCACGCCUAAGCUCCCGUACGGCCCAUUAUUCCCUUUCAGUGGCGGUGCAAACUCCAGCUACAGUGGCAACAUACUCGGCAGAUUCUGGGCACCAUACACCAACAGCUCUCUUGAGGAGGCAAAAAGUCCUAAACGUGCAGAGAGCAAGCUACCGCCAGGCAUUGUGGUAUCAGAGUCUGAUUUUCACCUCCGCCGGCUAUGGGGAGCCCCCAGCGACGACGAGCCCGCUCGCAAGUACCUUCUGGCGCUGGGGGUUGGGUACGACCAGAGAGAAAACGUCAACUUAACUGUUCAGAAGUUCAUCGCCAGGGGCAACUUCGACGUGGUGCUGUUCCACUACGACGGGCGCACCACGGAGUGGGACGACGAGUUCGACUGGUCCAAGCGUGCCGUCCACGUGAGCGCCAGGAAGCAGACCAAAUGGUGGUUCGCCAAGAGGUUCCUGCACCCGAGCGUGGUGGCGGCGUACGAGUACCUGUUCGUCUGGGACGAGGACCUCGGGCUGGAGACCUUCGACCCGGAGGAGUACAUCAGGAUCAUGAAGAAGCACGGGAUGGAGAUCUCGCAGCCCGGGCUGGACACGACACGAGGGACCAAGUCGUACGACCAGAACGUCAGAUGGAAGGACACCGAGGUGCACAAGAAAUAUAGCAGCUGCGACAACCCGAACUGGGGACCACCGUGCAGCGGGUUCGUCGAGAUGAUGGCCCCGGUUUUCACCAAGGAUGCUUGGAGAUGCGUCUGGUAUUUGAUCCAGAAUGACCUGGUUCAUGCAUGGGGUCUUGACCUCAACUUCCAUAGAUGUGUAGAUGAUUAUAAAGAGCAUAUGGGUAUCGUCGACGCGCAGUAUGUGGCACAUCAUGGGGUUAAGACUCUCGAAGGCCAGGGUGAUGGAGAAAAGGAAGGAAGCAGUGCUGGGGUGAGAGCCCGCCAACUGGAUGAGCGACGCAUCUUCUACGACAGACUUGCCAACGCCGACAGGGAGCUUGCCAACUCCACUGCCAGCAAAACCAGUGGAUGAUCAUCGUCUCCAUGAAUCACAACAUACCUAAUUAGAUCGGUUAACCAUAAAAAGGUUGUUGACCCUCCACGAAGAACCCUUUCAUUGAUAAAGAGAAGGAUGAGACGGUUCCAUUAGUUGCUAUACUCGUUACAUUCUACAUUCUUUUCGAUUUAUUUACGCUGUACUAAAAUUAGGAGGUUUUUACUGUACAAUUACUAGUUCCAUGAUGAACUUUGGGCAUGUGUGCGCUCUCCACUUGGACCACACCGGUUCAAAUGUGCACCCAUUGAAGAGAAAUAGUGCAGAGUGAUUUUCUAGCUUCAAGGUAAAAUGUGCAUCGAUCGAUGUAAAGAGGGGAAAUUCACUUUUUUGAAACGAAAAAUCAAUAAACAUCAGUGAUGAUCAUUUUGAAA